CAUAGAAUAGAGAACGAGAGAGAGAAAGAGACAUAAAGAGCGAGCAAGAAGAGGGAGAUAAAUAAGAAUAGGCAGGGGACCAUUAUUCCCUUUAUCUUAAAAGAGUUCCAUUAGAAUGCACAAUGGCCGGUAAUUUCUGGCAAAGUUCUCAUUACCAGCAGUGGCUGCUGGACCGACAAGACAUCCUCAGAGAAAGGCAAGCUGAUCUGAAAGUCCUCAGUGAAGAUGAAUAUCAGAAAAUCAUGGUUUUUUACUCAAAUUUUAUCCAAGCAUUAGGAGAACAGCUGAAGAUGCGCCAACAAGUGAUAGCUUCAGCAACUGUGUAUUUCAAGAGAUUUUAUGCGAGGAAUUCCCUCCGGUCUAUUGAUCCAUGGUUAAUGGCUCCAACAUGUAUUUUUUUAGCUUCCAAAGUUGAGGAAUUUGGAGUAAUAUCAAAUAACAAGCUUAUGACUACUUGUCAGAACGUUGUGAAAACCAAGUUCUCUCAUGCUUAUACCCAAGAAUACCCUUAUCGUAUAAAUAGUGUUUUAGAGUGUGAGUUUUAUUUAUUAGAAAUGAUGGAUUGCUGUUUGGUUCUUUAUCAUCCGUAUCGACCUCUCAUACAAUAUUGUGCUGACCUUGGACAAGAUGACAACCUACUACCUGUUGCAUGGAGAAUAGUAAAUGAUAGUCUUAGAACUGACGUCUGUCUCAUGUACCCACCAUAUCUUAUAGCCCUAGCUUGUUUGCAUAUAGCAUGUGUAAUUCAAGACAAAGAUGGGCGACAGUGGUUUGCAGAACUUUCAGUUGAUAUGGAUAAAGUUCUUGAAAUUACAAAACAAAUUUUAGCGUUUUAUGAACUGUGGAAAAAUUAUGAAGAAAAAAAGGAAAUUAUUGCAGUUCUUGUGAAAAUGCCAAAACCUAAGACCAGUCCAACCAGGCCUGCAUUACAAGGUCCAAAUGGGCAGGAAAACAGUCAGUCCUUGCAGCCAUCCCAGCAAACUCGUCAGAGUUAGGCAUCAAUGUGUUAUAAUCACCAUAGAGGAAAGACAGCUUGACUUAGAGCAAGUCUCAAACUACCAUGUUUACUACUCUCCCAUUAAAUGGUCCUCGCUAACUCAUUGAAAACUUGUGUGCAACAACUGAGCAACUUGUUCAUCAUCGUCAUGAAGCAGACAUUUUGUACUCAGUGAUGACAUGCUGCAGAGAAGUGAGACAUUUAGACAGGUUUUUAAGCCUCUAAACGAACUUUCAAACUAACGAAACUAAAUGGACUGCAUUGUAUGUUUGACCAAGUGACAUUUUAUCAGUCAGUGUCAACUCUGCAUUGAAUCAUUUAGAAAUGAAGCAAAAAUGCAACAGUAGUAACAGCGAAGAUUUUUAAUUCCUUCCUGGGGUCUUUGAGCAGUCUUACUCCUGAUGCAGCCAUCAUUCUCCUUCCUAAUGCUGGUUGCUUUAUCAUUUUAUUUAUUUAUUAUUUUUUUUAUUUCAAAGAAUUUGUAGAACUUAUACAGAAUCUUAUCGAAAACCAAAGCAGAACCUAUUAAAUUUUUGAAAUGGUUUGACAAAAACAGUUUCUAAUUAGCAGAUAUUGAGUCAUUUAAAUGCAUCUGAACCCCUUCAUUAUGGAUAUUAAUUAAAAACUUACUAGAUUUGAAGUUCUUUUUACAUGUGAAAUACAGUAACUGAAUUCUUGAAAAGUUUUUCGUAAAUUAUGGUUAACUAGGAGCAUUUAAUGAAUAUUCUCCUCAAAUAUAAAAAUGCUUUAUAUUUUCUAUAAAUGUUGAUAAAGCAUCACCAAAACCACGAGACGGUUUUUAUGGUGUCUGAAUACCAAAGUGAAAUUAAAAAUGAGAAACUGCAAAAGAGAAUAAUCUUCAAUAACAAAGAUUAUCUGAAACUGCAAC